AUGGCUACCAUUAACGUCCACCCAGAAGCUGGUCAAGACAACAUUGCUCCCUCAAAGCAAUCUCUUCCUCAGCCUAAAUCCGUUGAUUCUCAAUCUGUUCUCAGAAGGUUGCAGUCUGAAUUGAUGGCAUUGAUGAUGGGUGGAGAUUCUGGUAUAUCUGCAUUCCCUGAGGAGGAUAAUAUAUUGUGUUGGAAAGGAACAAUAACAGGAAGCAAAGAAACUGUAUUUGAGGGAACAGAAUACAAACUCUCCCUUUCAUUUCCUAAUGAGUAUCCUUUUAAGGCUCCAAAGGUCAAAUUUGACACCACCUGCUUCCACCCCAAUGUAGAUAUGCAUGGCAAUAUUUGCUUAGAUAUUCUUCAGGAUAAAUGGUCAUCUGCCUAUGAUGUAAGAACCAUUCUUCUAUCAAUUCAAAGCCUGCUAGGAGAGCCAAACAUUAGCUCGCCGUUAAAUCCACAAGCUGCACAGCUUUGGAGCAAUCAAGAAGAAUACAGGAAGAUGGUGGAGAAGUACAAGUCCCCUGCUGCUUAA